AUGCCGGAGAGCACGCACCGCUGUGAGCCCUGUGGCCGCUCGCUGCCAGCCUCGGCCUUCUCCAAGCGCCAGCUCUCUCGACGCCCAAAGGCGUGCAAGGCGUGCGUGCAGGCCGUCGAGACUGCCGAGCAGCACGUCGCCGCCUCGCGAGAGGUGGAGAUUGCCCGGCUGCAAGCCACGCGCCGGCUGCGCCGGCAUCUCUCGUCGCUGUGCGCCGAGGCUGGCAUCGAGCCUCCGCUCAUGGCGUUUGACCGGUGGAUGGCUCGGAGCAAGCUGUCCGAGCCGAGCCCGCUCGACCCGCUCCUGCCCGCUGCGGUGGGCGCGGACGAGGGCCUCGUCAAGGACCUCUGCCGGACGGGCGGGGCGGGGCGCACGGAGGCUGCUGCCGCGGUCGCGCUGCAGCUUGCAGAGGCGGCGGGGCGUGCAAUCGAGCGGCUGAAGGGAGGCGGCGGAGGCGGGGAGGGCGGCCUAGUAGAAGUCCACGUUCACGGCCCGCUCCUCCGCCUCUCGCUGUCGAGUGCUCCGGGAGGGACGCACGUAGACGUGUCGCACGAGCACUAUGCCAAGCUCGCGGCGCUGCACGCCAAGCACGCGCCGUCGGUGGCGGGCAACCUGCGCACGCGCGUGCUGUGCAUGAUGCUGCGCUACCAGAGCCUCGGCGCGCACGGUAAUCAGUGCGCGCUUCCGCCCGCCGGAUUCGAGGUGCUGAGGCAGCGGCUCGGCAUCCGAUUCGAGUGCUUUGCGUCGCCGCUCAACGCGCGGUACGACCGCUACUGCUCCGCCUUUGCCGACACGGACGCGGCAUUCGGCUCGAUCGGCUCCUUCUUCGGCUUCCGGCCCACCCACGGCUCGUUCGAGUGCAACCCUCCCUUUGUGCCCGAGGCGCCGCUUGCGGCAGUGCGGCCGCCGGUGCUGCUCGCGGCGGUCAAGCACGCCGAGGCGCUCCUCUCCGCCGCCGAGGCGAGCGGCGGCGCGCUCUCGUUCGCCUUCGUCGUCCCGAGCUGGGAGCGAGUCCCCUUCCACCACCAGCUCUGCAGGUCCGCCUUCCUGCGUGGCGGCGCGCCUCUCCGCCUCGCCGCAGAGGCACACGGCUUCGUCGACGGCGCGCAGCACCUCAAGGCGGCCGCGGGGGACCGGCUCCGCGUCUCGUCCUUCGCCUCGACGGUCGGAGUCCUGCAGACCGCCGCCGCAGCCGAGAGGUGGCCGGUCGACGCCGCGCUCUACUCGCGGCUCUCCGCGGCGUUUGCGGGCGCGCUGCCCAGUGCGGAAGCCGCGCAGGACCGCGUGCGGCGUGGCGGAGGCGACGCGGUCGCGCUGCUGUUGCAGCGACGCGCGCAGGCCGAUGCCGCGGCGGAGGGCGGGGGGGAGGGCGAGGCGACACAAGGCGAAGCCGUCUUUCCGCAGCCCACGAGCCCCGUCUCGGAGCCGCAGCCACCAAUCGUCGCUCCGCCGCGAGACGUCGCAUCGCCGCGAGAGGCUGCGGCGGAGGCACCCUCAGCUCCCACAGCAGUCGGGCCGCGCUUCGCCUCCCUCCUCGGACUGCUCCCGCCCAUCUCGCUCCUCGUCGCGUGGCGGCGCAACGUGCGGCAGGCUGAGUCGGAAGCGGCCGUGGCGGAGGCGCAGGCGACCGAGCUGGAGGUUGCGGCGAACAAGCUGGCAGAGGCGGCGGUGCUGGCCAAGGCGCAGGCGGCGACGGCGGCGGAGCGCGCGGAGGAGCUGCAGGGCAAGGCGAAGCGGGCUGCGGCCCUCUGGCCGUUGGCAGAGGGCGGGGGCGCGCUGAGGGAGGCGGAGGCGGAGGCGGCGGAGGCGGCGGCAGAGGCAGAGGGCUCUCUGCUGGUGGGCCGCCUCCUGUCGCAGGCGGCGGAGGCGGCCGCUGCGGAGGCGGGUGCCGCCGCGGAGUCCGCGGUGGCCGAGGUUGCGGUGCUGCCGCCGGCGGCGGCAGUCGCGGCUGCGGAGACAACCAGGGCGGAGCGGACCAUCCCGGCAGGGACACCGGCGUCCGAACUGGCGGCGUCGGCGGCAGAGGCGACGCAGCUGGGGGCUGCGGAGGAGCUGGAGGCAGCGCUGCCUGUCACUGUGGGCCGAGGGUCGGCGCGGAGCGAGAGCAAGUGGCUCUGGAAAGGGGCGACGGCGGCUCUGUCGACGGGGGCUGCGGGGGCCACGCUUCAAGAGGGAUACGCGGCGGCCACGACGUCGGCGGCAGCGACGACAGCGACGACAGCGGCGGCGGCGCCAGCGGCUGCGGCGACAUCCCUGGCAGGCCCCGAGCAGGGUCGCCCCGUUCUCCCUCCCGAGUCGGACGAGUCGGCCGGCGGGCAGGCUCCGUCAGGGGUGAGACGGUUCGCCCUCCGGAGGGCGGCCCUCGCGGCGGAGGCCGUGGUGCGGACCAACCAGCUGCUCGACCCGAAGCGAGUCGAGUGCUCCGCCUGCCCGAACCUGCCCGAGGGCGGGGGCGGCAGGCUGCCUCCGCGCCUGGCGGCCCUGCUCGCACAGGCCUCCCUCCGCUCCUCCCUCGCGCUGCUCUGGCUCACCCGCCUCUGGGAGACGCCGCCGCGCGGAGCCGGCCUGCUGCCCGCCCUCCGCCUCCUCCGCCUCUCCGCCGCCACCGCUCUCGCCGCGGGCCUCACACUCGGCCUCGCGGCCGCCGUCGGGGCGUUGGCCCGGCCUCUCCCGCCCGCGCUCUCGCCGCUCCUCCCGCAGCUUCUGCUCCCGCGCGGUGUGCCGCUGGCGCCGUCGGCGCUGCCCCCGCGCCUGGCACGCUAG